AGGGAGAUGCACAAGAAGUUCAGUGAUCGCUUUACAUUGGUUACCAGUGCCACACCUGUUGUCCUGAGAGAAAUGUAUCAGUAUCUGACGAAUGAUGCCACAGUAGAAGAGUGUCCAUUGAGCAAAGACAUUAGACAAAGACUGAAGAUGCUUCUAGAUUCAGAGGACCCAGACCUCAUUGUGGAGUGAGGUCUUUGAAUGAGAGGAAGGAAAGUUAUCCAGAGUUCUGGAAUGAGGCUGCAAAGGUGAUAGAAGAAAUGCAGCUGAGAAGUGUUGAUGACAGGCGACACGGACAAGUCUGCUACAUGGCACUGGCAAUGUCAAUCCAGGAUUUUAUCACUCAAGUGGCCAAGAGGCUUCCUGAGGAAGCAAAGAUACCCUCUCCAUCAUGGGUAAGUCUUCAGUUUUGGCCUAAAAAUCCAUACGCUGAUAGAGCUGUACGCUAUACAGGUAGGCUGGGAAUCAAGUACAUGGUACAAAGCAGACAACUGAACCAUGACCACCCGACUGUCAUUAUGCGGCCGCUGUUUUCAAGUACCUGAAAGAGUUUGCAGUGAUGUUCCGAGACUUCACCGCAUUUGUUUGCCUUGAUGACAAGCACAGCAUAAAGGUGGGGGAACCAGGAUACCCCUUAGCUGCCGUGGACAGAGGCAAGUCUGUACUAGUUGCACAAGACACAGUUUUCGUUGUUGCAGACCAUGACUUCGCGAAGGUGAAACUUGUUCCCAGUGUGACACUUGUCUGUGAAGUUCCUGAAAGUGCCAGUGAGUCAUUCUACCGCGGAAAGGUGUUCGUGUCAUUGAAGGACGCAACGUUUCAACCUUCGUCGCCCAUCAGACAUCAAACAGAACUUUUUCACAUCCUCACCCAAGCUGGAAAGCUUGGCUUGCCAAUAUUGUGUCAAUACAGCGAUGGAGGGCCUGACCACAGGCUCACCUACAUCAGCACACAGGUGUCCCUGAUAUGCAUGUUCAUCAUGGCAGACUUAGACAUGCUUGUAUGUGCUCGAACUGCCCCGCAAAAGAGUUUUCGGAACCAUGUGGAAAGGGUGAUGAGCAUUAUCAAUCUGUCAUUGCAAGCUAUCGGUGUGAUGAGGGAGAAGAUGCCUCCUGCAGUGGAGAAGCUAGCUGGACUUGGCACUAUGAAGGAUGUCAAAGCUAUGGCUGACAAACACCCAGAGCUCAAGCAGGCACUUGUAGCAAGCACAGAGAAGACACGUGCAAUGAUGAAUGAACUUUUCCAGCGCCUAAGUUUGAAAGGUGAAGCAGUGUCUACCAUCGAGCCUGCCACAGAUCAAGAAGUAGAGGAGAUGUGGGAACUGAUCUUGAUGGUCGUCCAAACUCUGACAAAGGGUGACCCCACCAAGGUCAAGGUGCAAAACAAGAAAGACCUCAUGGCAUUUAUGCACCACUGCUGUGUGUCCAGGCAUUACAGCUUCAGCAUCAAGAAGUGUGGCGACAGUGCAUGCACAAUAUGCAAGAAGCCAAAGCUCCCUCCAGAGGUGUUCAACCAACUGAAAAACUUUCCAGAUCCGGUAGCUGACGGUACUGGGGAGCACUACAGGCCGUUCAUUGAAGUGUAUGGCACUGCAACAUCUGAGGGAUACAGACCAAGUCUGAAAGAUUCACGUGCCAAGGACCACGGUAUGCCAUUCUCCCCAUGUGCGGAAAACACCAGAGGUGUAGUGGCUUGUUUGGAUUGUGGGAAACCCAGAACAAUCCACAGUCAGCGAGCUCUCACAGCAGUACAGAAGAAAGACUUGGACAGUCUGAAGGAGGACUCCAUGUACACCUGUGGAGUAUGCUGGGUACCUGAGAACCAUCCUCUGAGAGAGAUCUGUUAUGUGAGUAGGGCUCUAUCAUGUGACCGGCCAGUGGAGCAGUACUACUACUCUACAAGACUAAAGGCACCAGCAGCCUUGAGGGCAAUCCUUCCGUUGGUUUGCUGGCAAUGUGGAGCGGAGGAGACACUGCCCAUCCCUGUAGAGAAGAUGCAGCAGUUCCAGACUGUUCAUCCAGAGUGUCAGGUGGGUUUUAAGUCUUUAUUUACUUGUGCAGAUUUAUCAUGUACAAUGUCUGUGAAGAUAUUACUUUGUGUGCAUACACAACCAUACAAAUUUUAAUACAUGAAAGAACUAUAUUUUGUUG